UCCGCUGCGUUUACUCACACCGUUGCCGGGCAAAUUUUGUUUUCGGUUCUCCCGAGAUAUCUCCCUCUCGCUCCUCGCUACUGCUGCCCGCUUUAGGGUUCCGAGUGAGGGCGGCUGCGGCGCCUCCAUCCGCCGCGGAAGUUCACCCUUGCGGGCGUCCCCGACCUCCCGCAAGUCUCCGGUCAGGAAUUUCUCGAUCUCUCUGCCGCAUCCCUCUUUUAGUUUCCGUCUCCUGGUCACUUGGCCGGCUGCGAAGUAGCGCCUUCUUCGCUGCAGCGCAGAUCAUCUAGUGCCUGGGGUUGGAUAUUUCGGCCCUUUGGUGAAUGAAUUUUGUUGCAUAAUUUUAAGUAUCGUUAAGGGCAACAGUCAAUUGCAUCCAGCGGUCUAAUUUGCUGAAAGAAACUAUUUGAAAUAGAAGGUUCAGACAUACAGAUAGAUUUCAGCUCACUUUCUGAAAGAAAAAAGGCAAACAUGAACAAGAAGCAUAAAUUUAUCUGGUUCAAACUUCUUGCAUGAAGAAUCUAUAGUGCACUCUUUCAUUCUUAUAUCACAAUGGACUGUAACAAGGAAGAAGCUAUUAGAGCCAAGCAUCUUGCAGAGAAAAAGAUGCAGAACAAAGAUUUUAUGGGGGCACAAAAGAUUGCUCUUAAGGCCCAACAGCUCUUUCCUGACAUUGAGAACAUCUCUCAGAUGUUAACUGUCUGUGAUGUUCAUUGCUCUGCUGGAGCUAGAGUUAAUGGUGAAAUGGAUUGGUACAAAAUUCUCCAAGUGGAGUCAACAUCUGAUGAUUUAUCUAUUAAGAAACAAUAUCGGAAACUUGCUCUUUUGCUACAUCCUGAUAAGAACAAGUUUUCAGGUGCUGAAGCCGCUUUCAAACUAAUUGGAGAAGCACAUAUGGUAUUGUCUGAUCAAGAAAAAAGGCGCCUUUAUGACUUCAAAAGAAAUGCUAACAUUAAAAGUGCCCCUGCAAUGAAGCCUUUUCAGUAUUCAAGGAUGAAUCCUCAUGCCCAAAACAAUCUUAGGACGGUGAAUUCUAGUGGGUUUAAUCAGCCAUCUCCUUUCAGUUCUACCCAGACAUUCUGGACAAUUUGCCCCGUUUGUGGAAUGAGAUACCAGUAUUAUCGAAGCAUUUUAAACAGAGCCCUGCGCUGUCAGAAUUGCUUGAAUACUUUUGUUGCAUAUGAUUUAAAUGCCAAAGUUGUGCCUUCCGCUGGGAACCCAUGGAAUAGUAAUAAAAAUCUAGAGAAAAAGAUUCCAGUUGAGCAAGCUAAUAAUAUAAAUAAACAAAGCCAAUUUAGAAAUACCUCUUCUGACAUGAAGUUUCAGGAGGAUGCUUGUGGAAGAUCAGUAUUCAACCAAGAUUGUGUUGGUGAAACUUUAAACAUGGGAAAGAAUAUUCAUGUGGAUGCUAAGGUUGGGGCAGCUAAUGCAGUAAAUGUCACUGAAGUUGAUAAGGGACAGCAGGCUGCUAAGCCGAAAACUACUAAUGCUAGUAAGAAGAGGAGGAGAAAGGUUGUUUUAGAGUUUAGUGAUGCAGAUGGCAGUGAUAGUGAAGACACAAAAAAUGUGGAUGAUGGGCCUCCUGUAAAGCAGAAUGCUUCUACAUCUGGCCCACGAAGAUCGAGUAGGCAGAAGCAGUAUGUCUCUUAUAAUGAAGAUGGAAGGGAAGAUGGUAAUGGUGGCAAUUCCUUUGUAGCCCCUAGUAAAAGAUGUAAAGAUGAGUCAUCCUGUAAAGCUGGUAGGUUUGAAGAACCAUCAUGCAGAAUCAGUGCUGAAGGUGUUAAUUUGGAAGACGACGGGACAGGUGUUGCUAAAACCAGACUGAAUAAUGAAGAUGACAUCAUGUAUGAAAAUAAGUUGCCGAAUGGAAAUGAACAGGCCUAUGAAAGUCAACAAGGGACUAGCGAACAUCAGAAGUUCAGGCAUGGAGCUGAAUCAAUUGUUGGGUCAAUUCCUAAGGCCUUUCCUCCUAUGGGAUGUUUUGUUUACCCUGAUCCUGAAUUUGGCAACUUUGAUAAACUCAGAGAUGCAAGUCAAUUUGCUGUUGAUCAGAUAUGGGCAGUGUAUGAUGAUCAGGAUGGGAUGCCUCGAUUCUAUGCUCGAAUUAGGAAGGUCUGCACCCCUGGUUUCCUGCUGCGCUUUACUUGGCUUGAGCACGAUCCUGUAAAUGAAACUGAGUUGACAUGGUCUGAUGCAGAGUUGCCUGUUGCUUGUGGGAACUUCAGACUAGGCAAAUCGGAAUCCACCAAAGAUUGUCUUACGUUCUCUCAUGUUGUUUCAUGGAGAAAAGGGGAAAAGAGAAACUCCUAUGUUAUAUAUCCUAGAAAAGGUGAGGUUUGGGCUCUUUUCAAGGGCUGGAAUAUCUGGUGGAGCACAGAUGCAGACAAGCAUAGGUUCCAUGAAUAUGAAGUAGUAGAAGUCCUCUCAGAUUUUGCAUCGGGAACUGGCAUUAGUGUGAUUCCCUUGGUAAGGAUAGAACAAUCUGUGAGCUUGUUUAUGCGAGCAACGGGAAAGGGAAUGACCUCGUUUGUGAUUCCACCCCAUGAAAUCCUUUGUUUUUCACAUAAUGUUCCUUCAUACAGGUUGAGUGGAACUGAAAGAGAAGGUAUUCCUCAAGGUUCUUUGGAACUUGAUUGUGCAUCACUUCCCAGUAACUUUAGACAGAUGUUUCCUUCUGUUAAUCUUGACAAUGAGACAACAAGAGUUAGAAAGUUGGGUGGGAGCAGCAGUUCAUCUUUAAAUGCCACAAUUGAUAAAGAGGAACCUGUAACCAGUAUAAUGCAGGAAAGAGAGAAGAGGACAAGUCAAGACAUGUUAUCUAAUGGGAUAAACCGAGUUGAUGAUAUGGAACAAAAUCACAUUAGUGAAGGACAGGACGUGAAAACUUGGAAGCAUGUGCAGAAUGAAGCAAAAACACCCAAAGUAGAAAUUAGUGAGAGAGGUGACUCAGAUGCAGAGAAGAUCAAUGACGAUGAUGAUGAUGAUGAUGAUGAUGAUUCCUCAUCAGUACCAUCUUUAAGCCCUGACAUCUAUCACUAUCCUGAUCCAGAAUUUUAUAAUUUUGAACAACACAAGAUGAUCGAAACCGUCCAGUGUGGUCACAUUUGGGCAUUCUAUAGUGAUGUAGAUACAUAUCCCAAGUACUAUGGUUUGGUAAAGAGGACCGAACCGGAACCAAAAGGGCUUAGAGUGCAUAUUACAUGGCUUGAGGCCUGCCCAAUGCUAGAGGAGGAGAGGCGGUGGUCUCGAGAAGGCUUCCCAAUUGGUUGUGGAACAUUUAAGGUUGUUCCUCAAAGCUCGAUAAUUAAGGAGACUAGUACUUUCUCUCAUCUAGUACAGGCCGAACAAACUGGCAAAAGGAACCAUUUUCUAAUCCAUCCGAGCAGUGGAGAAAUUUGGGCGGUGUACAAGAAUUGGAGUGUUGGAUGGGGCCUCCCAGAACUGGAGAAGUGUGAAUAUGAUGUGGUGGAGAUUUGUGAGCGUAGUGGUUGUGGCUUGAAAGUUAAGCCUUUGACAAAAGUAAAUGGCUAUACAUCUGUUUUUAAACCUGAAGAAAAUACGAAUGCAGCAACCGAAUUGGAGAUACCGACAAAUGAAUAUAUUAGAUUCUCUCAUCAAAUACCUGCAUUCAGGCUAACAGAUGAAAAUGGAGGAAAGCUUCGUGGCUACUGGGAGCUCGAUCCUGCUUCCGUGCCUGAUGUUCUACUGAAAAGCUAGGAGAUCAAACUUGAAGCUGCCUGCUGCAGUUUCCGGGGAAAAGCCUUGGAAGUGCUGAUGAAGGUUCCGGUACUGUAACAAAUAUGAUUUUGUUCCCCACUUUAGUACCUGCUCAUACAUCAAGUCGUUCCUUUUUGUUUCUUGUAUAGUUGUUGGCAGGAAUGCUGUUCUGAACAAAUUUUGGAGGGAAGCCUUGGCACUGAUGCUAACGGCCAUUCUCCUAGUUUUGGAUCUUCCUGUGGCAUAUGCCUGCUUUCUUUAUAUGGCUUCUUUU